ACUAUAAUGUCAGCUUCACUUGCAAGUCGUAAUAUCACCUCGUUGGUGAUUAGUUAAGCGAGAACUGGUCGCGAAACCCUUCUCGCUGCGUCGACGAAUGACGGUCGACGCAGGCCAGCACGGCAGAAGCGAUGGCAACUUGAAAUGCUCGACUUGUGCUGGCGCUGCCCUGUCGACUGUGCGGGCGCGUCUGCACAUUUUUAGUCGGGACACAGCUGACUUCUUCCUGACGCCAGGCUUUCAAUGCGCGGCACAGCUUACUGUGGGCCUCAUACCUGUGGCGCUCUUCGUUCUAAUCCCGGCCAUGCGCUUCAACCAGUCCUGCCUCAGCGCCACGCUGUUCAUCGAGUGCAGCCUGUUGGGAUGCCUUGACAACCAUGUGGGCACCAAGCUGCUGGGCUGCGCGGCGGUGUGGGGCGCCAUCAUCUGGGGGGCCACGCUGGGCGGCAUCACGCUGAGUCUGUCGUUGCUGGCUGGCUUUGAUGACGGCCCCCACAUGGCGGUGCUGUUGUGCCUGUCCGCGUUCUUCAUCGCGGUCAUGUCCAUCAACCGCGUGGGCCAGCCGCUGCCCUUCGUGAUGCUCAUCGGCGCCAUGGUCUCCUGCCUGGGCUUUGGCCUGGUGGUCAUGCUGGGGCAGUUCCAGCCCACACACACCCACAUCUGGCGCCAAGCAGUGGGCAGCGUCAUGGCGGACGCCGCCAUCGGCGCCGCCUUCACGGUGGCGGCGGGGCUGCUGGUGCUGCCCAGCCUGGCGACGGACGAGCUGAGGAGCCGCGUGGCGACCACGCUGCGCGGCGUGGGCAAGGCGGCGUCGCGGUACGCCACGCUGGCGUUCCAGCCGGAGCAGGACCCCUACCUCACGCCCGCCAGCUGCCUGGGCGGUAUGACACCCGCCGCCUCCUCCGCCGCUCUGGCACAGCUGGCAGCGGCCUCCACCGCCACCGCAGCGGCGGGGUCGCUCGCCGCGGACUCGGCCGCGACCGACAGCGCCGUCAUCAACGGGCGUGUGCACCGGCGCGUGCUGACGCCGUCCAAGAUCUCCACACCCUUCCCCUCCUGCGCCUCCUUCUCCCACCUCAUGUCUGGCAGUCUGCAGGCCGGCUCCGCCACCGGCGGCGACGCGGGCUCGCACGCCGCAGACGGCGACAGGCCGACGGACGGUGGCGGCGCCGGCGCCGGCGGCGCCAGCCGCCACCGCCGCACCGUCACUGUGAAUGGCAGCGUGAUGGGUCGUGACAGCGACGUGGGCGGCGUGAUUGGUGAGGACGAGGGUGAGGCCAUGGUGGAGGUGUUGCUGGAGGACGGCGGAGAGGAGCUGAGCGACGAGGCGUUCAUGGAGCUGCUGAGGAAGGCGACCGAGCCGCCGAAGGCAGCAGUGGCGGGCGCGACGGCGACUGUGUCGCCGAAGGACGGCUCCGGGAAGGGAGAUGCGGAGGGCGGCGGCAGCAAGCCGGCCACGCCCAAGGCGGCGCGCGUGGGGCCCAAGUGGGCGGUGUGGCGGCGCUCGGCCUCGGCAGGCGCGACGGCGGACACGGCGCGGCGGCAGCAGGAGCAGGGGGCGCCGCCGCCGCCACCGCAGGAGCAGCAGCAGCAGCACGUUGGUGGACCGGCCUCGUCGUACCCGGCUGUGGCGGUGGCAGCGGCCGAGGCGGAGGGUGCAGGCGCAAGGGCUGCUGUGGGCAAGACCAGCGCCGCCAGCGCCAGCGAGGCCAGCAUCUCCGCCAGCGCCGAUGCCGUCGGCGCUGCGGCCAAGGGUGCUAACGCCGAUGCCGGGAAGGCGGCAGAGCAAGAGCACCCACAUCACGACAAGAUCACCACCAACACCAACAACAAAGACAGCAGUAACAAGAAUGUGCUGAUGUCGUCGCCGCCGCUGGCGGCGCUGCGGCCGCUGCUGGCGCGUGCUCGUGCCUGCAUGCCCAACGCCUCUAUGGAGCCGCCGUGGAUGCUGGAGGCGCCGUUUGUGCCCGCCGACUGGGCGCGUGUGAUUGCGGCGGCGGACGAACUGCUGACGCGCGUGGCGGCUCUGGAGUGCAUCGUGCACAGCCGCGAGGGCAGCCGGAUCGUGCACGACGCCGCGCUGGUGCACUACUUCACAGUCGACAUCGUGCCCCUCUUUCGCGCCGCGCUGUCGCGCGUCGCCACCUCCUGCGUCAAACUCAGCGAGGCGGUGGAGCCUGGCGCCGCCGCCGCCCGGCGCCGCCGGCAGCAGCAACAGCAACAACAACAACAGCAUGCUGGACUGAAACAUGCGGCCGGUGAGGCUGGCGGGGAUGUGGAGCAGGGCCGCGUUGCGGAAGAGGAGGAGGAGGAGGAGGCGAAGCGGCCACCGCCGGACAAGCCUUGGCCGGCUGUGAAGCGGGAGCUGCGGCACGUGAUGCGGCAGGCGGUGCACGGCUACUGGGCGCGAGUGCGCCGCGACGGCGAGACAAGGGUGCGCAUCAUCGAGGCGCACAGGAUACGCGGCGUCAGCUUCCUGUGGACGCUCACCAACGGCAUCAUCGACAGUGUGGAGGCGUUGGAGAAAGCCGUGGAGCUCGCCACAACCACGCUGGAGGAGCGCGAGGCGGCGGCUGCAGCAGCCGCUGCUACAGCCAAGUACGGCGGUGCUACUGCUGCGACUAGCGGUGCCGGGGCGGCUGGUGGUCGCAGCCGGGGCGGCGGCUGGUGGUCUCGGCUGCGCGGGCGGCCGGGUUCGUGGGACUGGCUGUGGAAGCUGACGCUGCUGUUCUGGGGGGAAUUCCUGAUCGUCAAUCUGGUGCGGGUGGUGCGGCGCGAGCUGCCGCUGCUGAGGACCCCGGCGGGCCGAGGGGCGCUGCUGCGCAGCCGUGUCUUUCAGUCGGGCGUCAAGUACGCUCUGGCGCUAAGCACGGUUCUGCUGCUCAUCUUGGGUUUCAGCGAGCGACACGACACGCCCGAAGUCCGCCACUUCAGGCCGCUGUUCGGAUUCGUCACGUGCGCACUCAGCAUGUCGGAGCGGGUGGAGGCGACUGUGAGCCGCGUGAGCUUGUGGGUGCUGGGCACGGUGGUGGGCGGCACGCUUGGGUUCGUGGUGAUGGUGGACACGCACCUGGCGGCCAACCCCUACGCCCUGCUCACCGUCAUCUGCUCCUUCACAUUCCUGGUGGGCAUUGCCUCCAGCUACCCGCAGUUCCGCAUGGCCAUGGUUCUCACGCUCAUCACCUUUGCCAGCGUGUCGCUGUGUCAGUACACCGGCACGUGCGGCUCCACCGGCUCGGCCCAGGUGUACGGCGCCCGCCUGCUGAGUGUGAUGGCGGGAUGCAGCGUGCCGGUGCUGCUGUCGCAGCUCAUCCUGCCCUGGUACACUUCGGACUGGGCGCUCCAGACCAUGGGCCGCGCCUUCUCCGCCGCCGCGCAGCUGGUGAGGGCCGACUACGAGGAGUUCUGGCAGGACGGGCUCAGGCUGCACACGGUGCACAAGGGCGCAGCCGCCACCGCAGAGUUGUGCUCUCGUGUCGGCACGCCGCACCCCAGCGCCGCAAACCUGCAACAGGCGGCAGCCGGCGGCGCCGCAGGCGCCGACGCCAGCGCGGGCAGUGCCAGCGGCAAGCCCAGCAGCAAGGCGCUCGCGGCGGCGGCGGUGAGUGACGCCAAGGGCCUGCACGGACCCCACCACCACCACGCCCGCAGCCUGUCGCACGACGAUCAGCACGUGGACGCACGCAGCGCCAGCCACCUCAAGCCGCAUACACACACGCACACGCACGACCCGGCGCAGUCAGAAAUCACCUCCAGCUCCUACACCAGCCCCGCCGCCGGCAGCUCCACCAGUACCGGGCACGUUCAUCACCUGGACACACACUCCGUUUCCACCGCCGCCGGCACCGGAGCCGGCGGCACGCCCGGCCACAGCAGCAGCCUGCCCGACACGCUGCAGCGCCCCCACGCCACCGCCCCGCACGGUGCUGACCAGCAGCACCCGCCCCAGCAGCAUCCCCAUCCCCAUCCCUAUCCCCAUUCCCAGCCCCAGCCGCAGGCGCCGGCGCCGGCGGCUGCUGCGCCGGCUGCGCCGGCGGCGGCUGAGCACCGCGGCCCGUUGGGCCGCGUGUCUGCAGCCCUGGGCCUGGGCCGCGCCUCGCAGCCCCUGAGCGGCCCCGCCUCCAUCAUCUUGGAGAUGGGGCGCCUGCUCAGCGCCGCGCCCACAGACGUGGAUGACGCCAUGACGGUGGAGCAGCCGGAGGGCUUCGCCAUGGCCGCCGCUGUGAACAUGGAGCCCACGGCGGAGCCGGAAGCCGGCGGCGCUAGCUUUGUGUACGCGCGCGGAGCCGGCACCGCGGGCGUUGGCAGCGGUGCCGGCGGCGGUGCGGGGGCGGCGGCGGUGGGUGCGAGUGUGGGGGCGCUGGGGAGGCGCAGCCGGCUGCCGGGCACGGCGGCGGCGGCAGCCGCGGCGGCGCCGCCGCGGCGGCUGCAGGAGUUGGUGGCGAUGCCGCUGGUGGCUGUGCAGCUGAGCCUGGUGCAGGAUGUGGUGUUGUGGACGCGCGGCCCCUUCGCCACGCCGCCGGUGGUGGCCGCGGUGCUGCGCGCCAGCCAGGCGCUGGUGGACCAGUUGGCGGCGCUGGGGCUGGUGGCGGGCGCACACGUGGCGGUGGACGAAGGCGGCUUCAGCGGCUGGGCCUUUGAGCACAUCAUUGCGCCGCUCAACACCGAGCUGCAGAGCUACUUCGCCAUCCUGAUGGAGAUGGCGGCGGCGGCGGCGGCGCACCUGGCGCUGCUCACGCACGGCGGCGGCAGCCGCGCCCAGACGGCUGAGUCGGCGGAGGCCGUGAUGCAAAUCGUGGAGCGGCUGCAUCAGCAGCGACUCAAGGUGCACAACGGCAUUCUGGAGCUGCGGCGCCGCUUCCACGCAGGGGUGCGCUACGCGCCGGAGCACGACCUGCCGCACCUCACCGCCCCCGACGACGCGAUGCGCACCUACGCAUUCAUAUUCGCACUGGCGCAGGUGGCCGACAAGGCGACAGUGCUGGCGCGGCUGGUAGCAGGGCACCGCGACCGCUACCGCAUGUGGCAGUAGCAUGAUCGUACGCUAUCUGCAGUAGCAGCUCAGCAGCUCAACAGUACAGCAUUAACAGCAAUAGAGCCGGACCGCAGGGAAAUCGAGUCAGAAUCGCAGGGCGGAGGCCGGGCAUGCCGUGUGUGCGCGCGCUCCGGGAAUGCAUGCUAUGCACAGGGCCCAUGUGUAUCGCGUUUGGGCACAGGCAGUGUGUAGGCAGCACGCAUCACAGGCAUAGAGCAGCAGCAGUCUUUCGCAACGCUCCCUCCGUCGGACGGGGGUCGGCUCGAGUACGCCUGGGCGUAUGAGUGGAGUGAGCAUGGGGCAUAGCAAGAGUGCAGAGAGACGCAGAUGGGGAGUGAAGAGCGAUGAGGGGGGUUGCGCUUGGGCGGGUACACCCCGCAGUAUGGGUACAUUGGAACCCAGCGGCGUUGGCAUGCGGGCAGAGUCAUAUAUAUAUCUAGAUGACGACCACCCCGAUUGUGCGAUGUCCCGGCGAAGGAUGCGAACGGCACGGUGCAUGCCGCCGCACUUGGUUUGUGCGGCGCUCACUGUGCGCAAUCUGCAAUGACAGCGAAUGCAGUAGAACAAGAGGAUCGGACUGGAGAGAACGUGAGUUUGUACCACCGGGCGAAGGCUGGGCAGGUUGUUUAUGACAACUGAAGAGCAGCAACGCAUCUGGGCGAGAUAGCAUGCGGCAUGAGGCACAAGGCGGAAUGGGAGUCCCAAGUCCUGCAGAAGGAACGAUGGAUGCGGCCAGGUAGUAGGAGUACGGGGAUACUAUCCCGCCACAGUGUGCUACAAGCGCUGAAGUUAGGCGUCACGCAACAAUCAAGCGUGCUGGGGCGUGACUGGCGUCUUGCCGCGCAUCGCAACGAUGCAGUGAGGACGCAGGUUGAAAUGGUGGACUGCUUGGGGCCGUUUGUAACGCGUGUUGUCGCAGCUUUCAAUGCCAUUGGCGCCUGUCUUUAUUGCUGUAUGUCUGUACGAGCCCCAAGCAAAGCUGUCCCACCUGAAACCAACGACUACUCA